AUGAGGAAAUUAUAUUAUAUUCUAAUUUUAAGUGCUCAACAUUUUAUAUACCUAAGUAAAUGUGGGAAACUUACAAAAAAGGGAGCAAAUCCCCAGGAUAAUUUAUUAGAUAAUGGAAAAGCAGUAGAACGAAGUCAAACUAUACAAAACCCUUGGAGAGAGUACAUGAAAAAAUAUGAUAUACAAAAUAAUCAUGCUUCAGGUAUAAGAGUUGAUUUAGGUGGAGAUGCAGAAUUUAAAGAUAAAACAUAUAGAUUACCUAUAGGAAAAUGCCCAGUUUUCGGAAAAGGUAUAACUAUAGAGAAUUCUAAUAAAAGCUUUCUAGAUAGUGUAGCUGUUGGGAAUGAAAAAGUAAAAUCAGGAGGAUUUGCUUUUCCAAAAUUUCCAAAUGGUGAACAUAUUUCUCCCUUAUCUUUAGAAGUAUUAAGGGUACAAUACAAUCAUAUUGAUGAACUUAAAAAUUUAAAUCCAAUAUCUUUAUGUUCUAAGCAUGCAUCUAAUAUUCGUCCAGAUGGUGAUUUAAAUUCAGAAUAUAGAUAUCCAUCUGUUUAUGAUAUUGAAAACAAUAUUUGUUAUGUAUUGUAUAUAUCAGCGCAAGAAAAUAUGGGUCCUAGAUAUUGUGAUAGUAAUAAAAAUAAUGAAAAUGCUUUGUUUUGUUUCAAACCGGAAAAGUUAGAAAAAUAUAAAAACUUGGUAUACUUAACCAGGGACUUGAGAGAUGAUUGGGAAGAGUAUUGUCCUCGUAAAAGUUUAGGAAACUCUAAAUUUGGUUUAUGGGUAGAUGGAAUAUGUGAAGAAAUACCCUUAACACAUUCAUAUGACGCCGAUAAUAUCAUGAAAUGUAAUGAACUUGUUUUUCAAUCUAGUGCUUGUGAUCAGCCGAGAAUUUAUGAAGAAGAAUUUAGUGAUUACGAAAAAUUAUCACAAGGAAUAAAAAACGGAAAUGUAAAUGCUAUUCGUAAUGUAUUUUUUCCAAAAGGAGCUUUUGAAUCUGAUAGAUAUAAAAGUAACGGAAAAGGUUAUAAUUGGGCUAAUUAUGAUACAGUAAAUAAGAAGUGUUAUAUUUUUAAUGUAAAACCUACAUGCUUAAUUAACGAUAAAAAUUAUAUCGCUACUACUGCUUUAUCUCAUCCAACUGAAAUGGAAAAUAAUUUUCCUUGUGAAAUUUAUAAAGAAGCAAUAGAAAAAGAAAUAGGAAUUCAAUCUAAAAAGAUGGAAUUACAAAGUAAUGAAAAAUUAAUUUUACCAAGAAUAUUUAUAUCUAAUGAUAAAGAAAGCUUAAAAUGUCCAUGCACUCCUGAAGAAGUAGUUAAUUCAACUUGUAGAUUCUUUGUCUGCAGAUGUAUUGAAAGAAUGGAAGAAUUAACAAAAAAUAAUGAGACGAAAUUAAAAGAUGAAUAUGUCACUAGCGAUCCUAGUAGUGGAAAUAAAAAAACGAUGUUUAUCAUUGCAACUAUUGUAGCUCUUGUCUUAUUAGCAGCAGCAUUUCUCAUUUACUUUUAUAGAAAAAAAAAAUCAGAUGACAAAUUUGAAAAAAUGGAGCAAACAGACGCUUACGGUAAAUCAAAUGAAAGGAAAGAUGAACUGUUAGAUCCUGAAGCAUCCUUCUGGGGAGAAGAAAAAAGAGGAUCUCAUACUACUCCAGUUUUAAUGGAAAAACCAUAUUAUUAA